AUGAGUUUUUUUACGUCAUUGGGCCAGUAUGUGGCUGGCAUGGCUGACAGCGUGGCCGGCCUGGCGUUGUCGCCGCGUCGAGCCCCGCCUCCCCGCCAUCGCUCUGCUGACGAGUCUCAGCAACAGCCACAACCAUCAACUGCCACCAUGAGAGGAUUUCCCCGUGUGGUACCUACUGAGGGUGCUUCUGCGCUUAGUGCCCGACGCCGCACCUUGGACUGCCUUGCUCCUGCGACCACUCCUCGUCGCGGUGGCUCCUUACGAGUGCCGAGGCAGCAGCAAGUACCAGAGAAGCCAACAAUGGCGUUUUGCAAAAGGCGCCUAUCUUGGCCUGAGGUUGAUAACUCCGUGAAUUCCGGGGUUCAAGAUACCGACGGAUCCUAUUUCGAGAGCUUCACAGCUCUUUCCUGGCGUCAAGAGAACCGGCGGCUGGCUGCGCUGCGGCUGGCCGAGGCCAGGGCUGAAAGACCACCCCCCGCUCCCCAAGACCUUGGACUCCCCAGCGUGUCCGCGCAGUUGUCACAUAAAGAACACGAACACUUAUACAACGAGGUAUUGUACUGCAUUGAGAACGCAGUGGGUGCACCAGCACCAGACGGCCAAUUUGCCUCGUACAAAGAAGAAAUGAUUGAGUAUGCCCGUCGGGCGUUCAGAGUACCCCCCGAGGUGCACAUGCGGGCCUUGAGAGCUGCCGGGAGCGAGCGACCCCCUACUGUGGUGCUGGGAUGCGCAGUUAUUGAAGCUGAUGGACUCGAAGCCAAAGAUGCUAAUGGGUAUAGUGACCCCUAUUGUAUGUUGGGCAUUCAGCCGGCCUCGUUACCCGCAUCGCCCCGCGCCUCAGAGGAUGAAGGUCGCAAGCACGGCUUCCGCCUAAGCUUCAAGCGACGUGAUGGACGACAACAACGUGACAGCUUGGGAAGGCUCCCCGCUCGCUACAUCCGCGCCACCAGUGUUCGACCGCACACAUUGUCGCCAAAAUGGAAUGAGACCUUUAAAUUUGACAUCGAUGAUAUUUCAUCGGAUGUACUACACCUGGACAUCUGGGACCAUGAUGAUGAAAGUUCGGUCCUAGACGCCGUAUCACGGCUUAAUGAAGUACGUGGGGUCAGAGGCUUGGGUCGGUUCUUCAAGCAAGUCUGUCAGAGUGCUCGUCAAGGCAGCCAAGAUGACUUCCUUGGCUGCGUCAAUAUACCGUUGCGUGAGAUACCGUCCACAGGAGUGGAAGCUUGGUACAAGCUUGAAGCACGAUCUCAACGAUCAUCAGUGCAGGGUCGUAUCCGGCUUAGACUUUGGCUGUCAGCUCGUGAAGCCGGUAGACAUGACGAUGACAACUGGCAGCAGGUCCGGCAACACGAGCGCCUUUUCGCCGUUUUAUUAGCUCAUGAGGUCGACAUGGCGAUGAGCGGCGUGCCAGGUGGAGCUGAAAGUGACAGCGGGGAGUGGGAAGGAGAAUUAUGUGUUGCGGCACAAACACUGCUUCACCAGCAUGCUGUGCAGGGAGAUAUGAGUUUACUUCAAGCCGCUAUAGCAAGAUUUGCAGCUGCCUGCAAACUCAAUAGCGAAGUCCCCCUUGAUCCCAAGUACAUGCAUAAGCUAUUGAUGGAGUUGGAGCGGGAAUGGUGCGCGAGUGCGAGUUUAAGCGGAAGCGGCAGCGGAAGCGGUGAGGCGGGUGCAAUAACAACGCGAGAUGAGGAACGUUGGCUCUCCGGAUGUUUCUGCGAAUUUGUAGAACGAGCUCUUCAUCAACUACGACUGCACAGGGAUUUGUAUCCCGUACUUCAUCAUUUAAGCCUCAUUAGGUUGGAAUUCCUUCUCCGCUGCCUUAAUCAAGUGUCGCAGAUGAAAGCUUUCUGGCGUUGCUGCCCUUUUAAUAAUGAAAUCAGGAGCGAAAUCGUCAGCGCGCUACGCAAAGGAACAGCAGAAUGGUACGAAGCUCUUUGCGCACAAGACACGGACUCAGAACGCGGAGAAGACCUGGUGAACCUCAUCACGUUGGUGCAAAUCGAUCUGCAGCAAGGACUCACUUAUUAUCACCCAUUGUUUGAGACAACUAACAACGUUCCAUAUUUCAGCGUGGUUUUCACUCAGAUAGACAAAAUGGUGUCAGAGGACGUGAAACAAUGCGUUGAGCUCUGGGUGGCUGAAGGGUGGUGCGGGGUGGCUGAAGAAGAAGUCUUUGAUGAACACGGUAUCGGAAUGUGCGUCGUGUCAGCUAAAACACUGCCGUUUGAAGUGUUGGCAGCUGUGCGGGAACUUUGCUCGGCCGCAUCACCUUCACCAACUUUGCAUGCUGCUCACGAUCCACCACCACAGCUAGUAGAGGCUUAUCAAUGGUUUGAACCGCUGAUCGAUCGAUGGCUCGCUGUAACCAAAACUAUGGCCUUACAGCGGGUGCGAGCAUCGGUAGAAUUGGAUCGCUCUGUUGAAGGGGAACAGAUUGUUAAACAUAGCACUUCUUCCGUUGAUACGGCUGCAUGUUUGUAUCACAUGCGAAUGGUGUGGCGUGCAAUUGGUGGUGCCGAAGAAGGAACCGUAGGUGGAGGGCUAAGACUUUUAGAAGCAGCCUGCGCCACUGCUUUGCACUACGCUGAUCUGGUGCACGGUGCGCUUGCGGAUCAGGGAUACUAUGAAAACCAUGGGCAGAACAAAACAACCGAGGAGAUAUGCACGAUUGUGAACAACCUGGAGUAUGUGCGCCGAUCGCUGUGUGAAUAUGACGACGAUCACAUCGCCAAUGAAGAGAGCGCUCGGCAAUUAGUGCGCGGAGCUCUUGGAACACUGGACUCCCGAUCUACACGCGCUGCGGCACCUCUCGCGGCGCGUGCCCGCCCACCGCUACGAAAAGCAGUCUUCCACCUCGCUUGGUCACCCGAUACUCUGCCAACUCCUCAGGCUAUAACUCCACUCCUAGAAUUCCUGGAUCAACACCUAUCAUCUUUAAACACGUGGUUAUUACCGCGAGUGUUCAUCCGAGCACUCGCUGGUUGCUGGAGUGCUGUUCUCAAGGAGGUAUCCGCACAGGCUGAUGCGGGUGGAGCGGAGAAACCAAGAGUAUAUCACCACAGACUCAGAGAAGCCCUAGACCUUCUCGCUGAAUUCUUCCAUGCUGAAGGAAAAGGUUUGCCGAUGACAGAUGUACAUAAUGCCGAGUGGGUACGGGUUGAACAAAGAAUGCAGUACCAUCAGGCUCCGACUGAAGAACUCUUAGAACGCUGGCUAGCUGACCGAUUGAUUGAGCAAACACGUACGCCCUUACCAUCACCUUAUGGAUCCAUAUUAGUAAGAGUGUAUUUCAAUCACGACUCCCUGUGUGUCGAGGUACUGUCGGCCCGGGACGUGAUUCCGCUUGAUCCCAACGGUUUAAGUGACCCGUUUGUAGUGCUCGAGCUACUCCCCAAACGGCUCUUUCCGAAAACUCACGAACAAAUCACGAACGUGCAGAAGAAAACACUGAACCCAAUUUGGGAUGAAUGCUUCGAAUUCGGCGUGUCUUUGGAAGCUUGUCGAUCGCAGCAGGCAACUUUGGCGCUCUCUGUUUGGGACAAAGACGUGCUGACCGCAGACGACUUUGCCGGCGAAGCGUAUGUUUCUCUUUCACGAGUGCCCGGUGUCAACAGUCACGCUCCACCAGAUCCGCUGCGUCCCAUCGAACUGCCUCUAAUGCAGUUACACGAUAGAAAUCAUCCAAUACUGCAAAUUUUGGAAUCGCGAACGACGGACAAACUGGCCAUCGAUUUUGUCAAGAAACAAAAAUUACGUUUUGCCGAACAGUAA